AUGCCUUUGGAGGAGGUCAUCAUGCCUUCAGCUGGCUCCAGUCCAGAGCUCAGGCAGCUGGGCUUUUCGCCCCGUGACCCCUCGCCUGUGUUCCGCUUCUGUGGAGUCUCUGUUCUGGAUGUUAUAGAAAUGAACUCGUACGCUAUGUGGGCUCAUGUGUCGCUGGCCUCUUCCCUGGACCACCGUCGUCGUUUUGAGAUCCAGCCCACGGUCUUGUGCACAGGUGCGGCAACAAGCUCUAGAUAUGACAUUGAAGCUGUUUCCAGCCCGACCAGCGUGAGAUUAACAUGGAAUCACGGUGAUUCAGCUGCUGCAGAUGCUUACAGAAUAGAGAUUAAUGGAACGAAUGUGAAUUUUACUACUAACGCAAACGAAACAUCAUAUAACAUCACAGGCUUAAGUCCAGCUACUUCCUAUACAUUCUUCAUCACUAAAAUAAACGAAACAUCAUAUAACAUCACAGGCUUAAGUCCAGCUACUUCCUAUACAUUCCUCAUCACUCCAUUGUCAGCCAGUCAGCCCUCGGAAAGCCCCAUGGACAAACAUGUCACAACAAAACCUCGGCCAGUGUCUGAUCUCCGAGUUGCCUUCCUGGGUGUGACGCAAGCUGUUCUCGUCUGGAGCGAUGCCAAAGGCACUGCCUCCUACCGGAUGCUUCUUGCAGGCUUCGAAAAGUCCUUCAAUAUUUCAGACCUGAGGCCGGGCACCCGUCAUAUCUGUCCUGUUUCAGAAUCCAAUGAGACGCAGAACGGCUUACAAGCUGGAGAAGCUAACAGCAGCACUUGGAGAAGCCCAGUGGUGUGCCAGCUGCUGGACUCUGUAGACCUCUCCUCUGUUCGGGACCCCUCUCGCACAGAGGUCGUGCUCACUGGGUUAGAGUCUGAUACUGACUACACAGCCACCGUUUAUUCUCGAGCAGCAGACGGCACCGAGGGACAGCCCGGGGACGAAGCAGUGUUUAAAACAAAUUCCAGCCAGGUUUUUGACAUCAGAGCUGUGAACGUCAGUGCCACAAAUAUGACCCUGACCUGGAAGAGCAAGUAUAAUGGGUCAUCUCUUCCCUACACCUACAAGAUACACGUGGCUGGGGGGACUAAUCCCACCAACCACACUGUCAAUAAGACUGAGGCCCUCAUCCUUGGACUCAGCUCCAGCACCUUGUACAGCAUCACAGUGCGUCCUUUCCUGAGACACACCGAGGGCACACCAGGCUUCCUCCAAGUGUAUACUUCCCCCGGUCCAGUUUCUGACUUCCAAGUGACACAUGUCAGCAUAAGGGAAAUUGGUUUGACUUGGAGAAGCAAUGACUCAGAAUCCUUUAAGAUUCUCACCAUGCAGGAGAGAGGUGAGGUGAUUCAAAAUGCUACAACCCGAAAUCAGAGCAUCAUCAUUGAAAACUUAAAUCCUGGGACCAGUUAUCAUUUUGAAAUAUUUCCAAGAGGACCAGAUGGGACUCAAGGGCCCUCCAGAACAGUCCAUGGUAGAACUGACCGCAGUGCUGUGAUUGACAUCCGCGUGGUCAAUGUCACCACCAAUGAAAUGCAGCUGAAGUGGGAGAAUACGGACAGUGCUCCUGGAUAUAAAUACCGUGUAGUUCUAGAGCCUGAACGUGGCCCCAACAAGACCACCACUUCUCAGAAAUGGAUCACAUUAAAGGGCCUCACCCCAGGCACCUUAUAUAAUGUCACAAUCUCUCCAGAACUGGGCCAUGUCCAGGGUGACUCCAGCUCCAUUGCCCAGUACACACGACCCAGCAGUGUGUAUGACAUUGAAGUAAGCACCAGUACCACUGUGGCAGCCAUCCGGUGGAAGAAUUCGGACGCAGCCUCUCCUAAGUAUUCCUACCACCUUACCGUGAAGGCUGAAGAUGGCAGCAAUAUAACCAACAUCACAGACGCUGGAAUCACUUUUUUGAGGCUCCCUGGCUUAAUCCCUGGCUCUUCUUACACAGUGGAGAUCUCUGCACUAGUUGGGAAUGAUACAUGGUCACUGGUGCCUGGCUGGAAGUCGUUCUGUAUGGAACCUGCACCAGUGGCCUUCUUCCACUGUGAGCUGGUCCCCAAGGAGCCAAUUCUGGUCCUGAAGUGGGACUGCCCCCCUGGCAUGAAUUCAGGUUUUGAGCUCGGGGUCCAGAGUGACAGUUGGCACAAUGCGACACACCUGGAAAACUGCUCUUCGGACGGUGACACAGAACGCAGGACAGAAAUCACAUAUUUGAAAUUUUCUACCUCGUACAACAUCAGCCUUGUCACCUUGUCGUGUGGAAAGAUGGCACCCCCCGCCCAGAAUACCUGCACCACUGGCAUCACAGACCCACCUCCUCCCGAUGGAUCUCCCAAUAUUACAUCUAUCAGUCACAAUUCAGUAAAGGUUAAGUUCAGUGGUUUUGAAGCCAGCCAUGGACCUAUCAAAGCCUAUGCUGUCGUUCUCACCACCAGGGAAGCUGGCGAGCCUUCUGCAGAUGAUUUGAAGUACACAUAUGAAGAUUUUAAAAAUGGGGCCUCAGAUACUUAUGUGACAUACCUCAUCAAAAUAGAAGAGAAGGGACGCUCGCUGGGCUUGUCUGAAGUCUUGAAAUAUGAAAUUGAUGUGGGGAACCAAUCCACCACCUUCGCCUAUUACAACGGGAGGCUGGAGCCGCUGGGCUCCUACCGGGUGUGUGUGGCUGGCUUCACCAAUAUUACCUAUAACCGUCGGAAGGAUGGGCUCAUCAAUGGGGACGAGAGCUAUGUGUCUUUCAGUCCUUACUCGAAGGCCGUGGUCUUGCCUCAGGAUCCAGGUGUCAUCUGUGGAGCCGUGUUUGGAUGUAUCUUUGGUGCCUUGGCCAUUGUGGCUGUGGGAGGCUUUGUCUUCUGGAGAAAGAAAAGGAAAGAUGCCAAGAACAAUGAAGUGUCGUUUUCUCAAAUUAAACCUAAAAAGUCCAAGUUAAUCCGAGUGGAGAAUUUUGAGGCCUACUUUAAGAAACAGCAAGCUGACUCCAACUGUGGGUUUGCAGAGGAAUACGAGGAUCUGAAGCUGAUUGGAAUAAGUCUACCUAAAUAUACAGCCGAAGUAGCUGAGAACAGAGGGAAGAAUCGCUAUAACAAUGUCCUGCCUUAUGAUAUUUCUCGAGUCAAACUCUCAGUCCAGACCCAUUCGACAGACGACUACAUCAAUGCCAACUAUAUGCCUGGCUACCAUUCCAAGAGAGAUUUCAUUGCCACACAAGGACCUUUACCCAACACUUUGAAAGAUUUUUGGCGUAUGGUUUGGGAGAAAAAUGUAUAUGCCAUUGUUAUGUUGACCAAAUGUGUGGAACAGGGAAGGACCAAAUGUGAGGAGUACUGGCCUUCCAAGCAGGCUCAGGACUACGGGGACAUAACUGUGGCAAUGACCUCGGAAGUGGUUCUUCCGGAGUGGACCAUCAGAGAUUUUGUGGUGAAAAAUAUGCAGACAAGUGAGAGUCAUCCUCUGAGGCAGUUCCAUUUCACCUCGUGGCCUGACCACGGUGUUCCUGACACCACUGACCUGCUCAUCAACUUUCGCUACCUGGUCCGAGACUACAUGAAGCAGAUUCCCCCGGAAUCACCAAUCCUGGUGCACUGCAGUGCUGGGGUCGGAAGGACGGGCACUUUCAUUGCUAUCGAUCGUCUGAUCUAUCAGAUAGAGAAUGAGAACACCGUGGAUGUGUAUGGUAUUGUCUAUGAUCUCCGGAUGCACAGGCCUCUGAUGGUACAGACAGAGGACCAGUAUGUUUUCCUCAAUCAGUGUGUUUUGGAUAUUAUCAGAGCCCAGAAAGACUCAAAAGUUGAUCUCAUCUAUCAGAAUACAACUGCAAUGACAAUCUAUGAAAACCUCGAGCCCGUGAGCAUGUUUGGAAAGACUAAUGGUUACAUCGCCUAGUUCCAAAGCCAACCCUUCUGAAGUGAACCAGACCGUCACACCCACAGUGAAGGAGAAUGCCCUGAUGUGGACAUGUUUUUAUAUGUCUCAUUUCUCAGUUCUUUGUUCUGUUCUGUUAGAACUGCCUUGGAGGGCAUGAGGCUGUGCGUGUAAAACAUGGCAGAUAGGGAGUUGGGGUUGUCAGGGGCUGUGGACAGGUGGUGUAUAAAUCAGCUGCAUUCCUGAUUAUCAAUGGGAUGGGGUCGCUUUUUUUUCCCCUUGAGAAUUGUGGAAAACCAGGAAAAGUGAGCUAUGAUUUAUUUUUCUUUUCCAAAUCUCUCUCUCUCUCUCCCCUCUCCCCCUCCCUCCCUCCCUCUCUCCCUCCCUUCCUCCCUUCCUUCCUUCCCCUUCCCCCUCUCUCCCCCUCUCCCUCUCUAAUUUUUUUUAGGACUUUUAUAUGAUUCACAUGCUAAAGCCAGGAUUAUGUUGGGUUGAAUCUAUUUUAAGUAUCAGAGGUCUAUUUUUACCUACUGUAUCUUGGAAUCUAGCUGAUAGAAUACAUGACUGUGGGUGUUUACCAUGCAGGGAGGGGCACACUGUGCCUUUUCUGCAUGGGUUUCUAUUUGAACAUGUGCCUUUUUUGAAUUAUGCUUCCACAGGCAAAACUCAGUAGAUGUCUCUAUUUUUAUAUUGAAUCUCAUAAUUGGAAUAUACAGAAUAUUUAAAUAGUAGCUUAGUAUCAAAGGUCUGCCUUCUCAGUAACAUUCCUGUUCUCAUUUGAUUAGAGGAGGUUUUCUCUUUGACCCACCCUGGACAUACAUUUGUGCUCCAUUCUUUUUUCUUUUUUUUUCCCCUCCCAGUUUUCUCCAAAGACUUCUGUUGGUGACAUUUUCAUCCCAUUGGUUGGGUGAGAAUAGAAAUUGAAAAUAUUACCAUGAGACUCUCUGUGGGGUGGGGUGGGGGGCGGGCGGCAGAAGCAGAGGAAUCGUCGUACCGUGGUGUACACCCCUUCCUGUCCUGUCUUCUACUUGCUCUUAUUUCUGUCUUUGGUAAGAAGGAUGAUUUAAAGGUGCAAUAUGUGACUUAGUGGAUCCCGAUGCUCUGGGUUUUUAGUGAUGUUUUACUCAGGUUGGCAUUUUAUGUGUGUCUGUGUAUAUGUGUGUGUGUGUGUGUGUGUGUGUUUUAUAGUGUGGUGAUCUGUGAACAUUUCAGUGUCAACUCAGAUUAACCCCUUCCCCCCCCAAAGUCUACUGGCUUUAGACUCUUAUCUGCAGUGACACACGUCAGUAUCUACUGUAUAUAUAAAUACUAAACCCUUACACCAGUCAUUCCUAUGAAUUGAGGUGUACAAAGUUUGAUUUGUAUCAAAGAUGUAAUUAUUAUUUUUAAAACCUCUUUUCACUACACUGCUGCUGUAAUUACUUUGAUUUUUAAAGAAAAUGUAGUUUUUUUUGUUUUUGUUUUUUUGCUUCAGGUGUGUAUUCACCAAGAACUUCAGAAUUUAUGUGGAUUUAUUUUAUUGGUACAUAAUCUGUAAACCUCUCAAGGCAUUAACAUGACAAGAUUUGUGUCUUUUAUUUUUUAUCUUGUGGCUCAGGUUAUAUUUGAAGAAGUUUUGAGUUUAUUCUCUAGUAGGCAAUGAAGUAUAUAAGGUCUUAUGAAGGAAUCCCAAGUCCCUGGAUCCUGUGGCUGUUUUCCACAGUGACACAUCCUGCUGUACGUUGGGACAGUGGUAUCCUGUUGGAGAUGAGAGCGGGGUCUUCUCUGCGGGUCCUGGCCACUGUGGGCCCUGGAGUAGUCCUCUGGUGUUCCGCUCUUCACCUCACCAGCACUUUGACGGCUGUCUGGACAUGAUCACGAGUGUUUGAGGGUUGUAGAGGGUGAACCAUGAUGUACUUACCCUUGGUGUGGUCAGAGCUGUAGUGCUCUAUGUGUUCUGUCCCCCUUUCCUUUGAGGUACUGAGAGGAUUGAAAGGAGAGGUCGGGACGUUGUCAUGCUUUGGUGGAGAAUUUUACUUCUCAAAUGGAAACUGCACUUUUUGCUAAAUCUUUUGCAUUUUGGUGUUCAUUUUGUGUCGGGCCCUUCCGGGAAAGGACUGGCCAGGGUAGGUUGGGCCCCUUGACUCAACUUCACUAGGGACUUUGAUACUGCAGUUGUGAAUCAGGGAAGCCAUGCUGCCCCCAGGUGUGGAAUGAAGUGGACAUGGGCUCAUUGCUCCCGAGUCCCAUUUAGUCUGCCCGCCCCUAGCAUGUGCUGAUUCUGGGGUGCUAUACAGAUGGGCCUGUCCCGCAGUAGUUCUGUGUACCACCUACCCACCUCCUCAGUGUGUUAGGAACCAUUGUAGUGGGUAGCAAGGUGUCACAUCCAGUGCAGCGCCUAGGCCCUGCCCCCACUGCCAUGGGAAAGGCCGAGGAAAGGACUUGCCCCAACAAAGUCCUGUAAAAGAUCGGAGUCUCUUAAAAACUGAAAGCAACAUAAUCAUAAACCUGCUGUAUGCAAAUGCAAAACACAGAAACCUUCUCUGCUUCUGCCUGUGUGGGUCUGGGAAGUCCUUAGGCCCCAGCCCCAGCAAGCCACUCUCUGUGAUUUCCAGGCCCAGGAGGAAGAAGGCUAGCGGCAGAGAGGUCAGGAGUUCCAAACGGGCAGGUCACACGAAGGCCACCGCGCCAUUCCACAUCUGGAGGAGGACUGUGGGGUGGGGUUUGCAUAGCACAGUCAUGGGAAAGGGACGAUGACCAUGUGGUUAAGAAGGACUCCUGACAGAGGCCGGGCCUGUUCCGAGGUGAGGGGAAGGCACUUCUCGCUGGAUUCCCCCAGCCCUCGAUGGAAGUGCGAACCAAAAUUUGAAGAGUCUGGUGAGAUUGGAAUGAUGGAGCUCCCUGCUCGGAUGUAAGGGUUGCCUGGACAAAAGCAGCCCGCGUGGGACUCGCCAUCAACGAAAGGGCUACGGACUGGUGGCCCGCUGCUGUGGAAGACUCGGGCCAUGGAUGUCUUCUCAGAUCAGAGACUUUUCCUCCAGAGCUGAAUCUAGCGGCAGUGGGCACCAGAAGGAGGUUCCGUGUCUGUUCUCUGCGGGCACUCGGUGACCUCCAGCCAGACUCUGGCGCAGUGGACCCUCUGGAUCUGUGCUCUGUGGAGUUGGAGGCUCUGCGGGGUGGGGGUGGGGAGGAGGUAGGGAAGGGUCAACUAUGCAGCUGAUUCAGACUUGUUUUGCUGGGAUGGAGAAGCCCGGUUUUCUUUUGCAAUGCUUGAUUGUGCUUGUGGAGCUAAACAGCCAGCCCUGGUGACUGAAGUUGAUUCUCCUCAAAACCACGUCGGAAUUCUGUGUUUUCAGACCACCGUGUAGCAACUGUGUGUAACAACUAUAGCUUUUUUUCCCUGGGGCACAGAAUAGAAGUGUUGAUGUGGACUCUAAACUGUACUUUUCUUGUAACUAUUUUGGAAUGAUGCACAUUUCUAAUGUCUGUUAGACUUGUACAGAGUAUUGCUGUUGGUUGCUUUUUUUUUUUUUUAAGGACAAAAAUGGCCUGAAAAACUUUUUUAAAGACUUACAAAUACCAAAUAUAAAAUAUGUCAACACA